CAACAGUGACAACAUGGAGUUCUUCAAGUCCUUUCUUCGCGUUAUUGGAUUGCUGCAACCCGCCAAGGUAGAUUUCAUCUCUGAACUGCCUUUGGAGGUGUCGCAGUUAAUUCUACGCAAGUUGGAUCCUGAAUCUUUGUUGUGUGUUGCGCAAGUGUCACGAAACUGGUUGAACGUUUGCAGCUCUGACAAGAGUUUACGGCAGUCAGCCAGACGUCAUAAGCGGCGGAACAAGAGAAGAAUGAUGAAAGCCUUUGUAGAUCAGGGUUUCCCGGAACUGCCAAAAAUGGACGUUCGAAAGAAGCAGCUGCAGAGGAAAAGGAUUCUCAGGGAUGCGCCAUGUAAGUUCGAGGCCGCCAUUGUAUUUGGAAGAACUGACCGCCGAGUGAAUUUUAUUAGACAGGAUCAGAUAUCUAGCCCAUUAGCUCUAAGGAAUGCUAGGUAUAUGAGGAUGUAAUUAAUAAAUUUCUUUGUGAUAUAUUUGCUAAUGCAUGUUUUAUAGUUAAUAUUGAUAUGAUGUAAGUAUAGCAAUGUAAUCAGAUUCUAGUAGUAAGGUAUGUUA